UGUCAAAAUAGUUACAUAAAUACUUCAGAGCGCAAGUGUUCACUGUAUUACACAUUUUUUAAAUAAAUUGAUGAAUACGACAAUAUUACCUAACACUAAAUAAAUAUUUCGUUACCAAAAAGAUGCAAUAUAAAAAUGUAACCCACGUGUUGUUUGAUUUAGACGGAUUACUAUUGGAUUCUGAAAUACUGUACACUGAAACGUUUACUACAGUAUGCGCUAAAUACGGGAAAACAUUUACGUGGGAAAUAAAGGCAAGUCUACUGGGAUUUCAAGGUCAUGAAUGUGCUGAAAAAAUUGUGAAAGAACUGGAUUUACCCAUAACGAAGGAUGAAUUCCAGAAGGAGUGUUGCGAAUUAUACGAGGUACUGUUCCCUAAUGUGCAGCUAAUGCCAGGAGCAAGGAGGUUAGUAGAACACUUAUACAAGAAGGGUGUUCCCAUAGCUCUGGCCACUAGCUCUAAUAAGGACAGUGUUGACAAGAAAAUGAAAAAUCAUAGUGACCUGCUUGGGAUGUUCCACCACCUCACUAUGGGCUCAUCUGAUCCAGAAGUCACUAAAGGCAAACCUGAUCCAGCAAUAUUCCUUGUCUGUGCUUCAAGGUUUCCUGACAAACCAAAACCGGAAGAUUGCCUUGUUUUUGAAGAUGCAGUAAAUGGUAUAAAGGCAGCCAAUGCUGCCAACAUGCAAGUUGUGGCGGUACCAGAUCCACGCAUUGAUCCUGAACAGUUAAAAACAGCAACAUUAGUCUUAGAAUCUUUAGACCAAUUCAAGCCGGAGUUAUUUGGUCUUCCUGCCUUUGACAACUAAAAGUUGUGAAAACAUUGGUGCUUGUAUUAAGCAAGAUGUCAAUUGGAAUCUGUACUUAAUACUUGUAAAUUGUAAUAUACUUGGGAUAAAAUGACAUGUAAACUUGGUGUAACUAUAGUACAAUACUACUGCAGUUAAUUUACUCAACUGUGCCUUGUAGAUCUGUCACAACAGCACCAAAGGCAAAGUCUUAUAAAUAAAGUAUUAUAAAACAGUUACAUAACAAAGUUAUGUAUACAUUUCCAUAAAUCUAGUCAUAUUUAAAUAAACAAAACUAUAACACC